UUCAACGCCUCAAUCAUUUACGCUGCUGUAUUCACUAGAAGCCAUUUCAACAGAAACGUUUUCAAUCAAAAAUGAUGAUUCAAUCAUUUUCACUAAUCAUUCUCCACGUAUUACUAAGUUACGGUAAAGAAUCAAAAAUUAUUACCAUUAAAAAUCUGAAUCUUAACACUAACGCAAACGUUAAAGGUUUAGGUGCUGAAAAUGUGACGAAAGAAAAGUAUGGAAUUACGGAAAUCCCUAAAGUAACAGUAAAUCAUGAUAAACCUUCGAGUAUUGAUAUCCCUAAAAUACAAGAUACAGAAGUUAGUGUUAAUAAUAAAAAAAAAAUCAAUGUAACAAAUGAUAUCGCUCAUAUCACUCCAACGACCGAAAUUUCUAAAAUAGAUAAUGUUGCUUAUAACAAAAGUCCUAUAAAUCCAAAUAAAAGUGUUUUAGAACAAAUAAAACGUAUAGAAGAGAAAAUAACAAAAGGUAAAUCAAUAAAAAUUAAAAAGGAGCAUAGAGAAAUUACAGCAAAUGCUCUUGCAAAAAUUGAGUCUCUAUUAAGAGAUAUAAAGAAAAUUCUUAAUGGGGACGAGGCAAAAAGCCAAAGAAUUGAAUCGUUUAAAGGCUACGUUCCAAUAAGCGAAGAUAUAGAAAUACCGGAAUUCAUUCCACAGGAGCCGAGCCGGAAGAUGUUUAAAGAUGGAUUUAAUUUGAUUCCUUACUACGGAUAAUAAAAAAGUCACAAAAUA